CAUAAGAUUAUACACUCUAAGUGCUUGUACAGUUGUGUUUUAAUUUACACUUUUUGGAUCGAUCAGUAUCUACUACAUCUAAUUCAAAAUAUCGAUCUUAGACAUACGAAAUGAGAUCAAAAUUUAUAGUUGGUCUUAUUGUUUGUAUUCUGAUUCUGCAUGCGCAAACAAACCAAGCUCAAGAACUCGGCAGCUGGUUCUCAGCGGAACAAGAAGAAUACUCGUAUGAUGAAAGCAGCGGGAGGGGACCUAGCCAGUGGGGAAAGCUAAAACCAGAGUGGGAAUUAUGCAAGAAGGGGAAAAUGCAAUCUCCGGUUGAUCUGAGAAACGUAAAGGUUGAGACUGUUCCAGACUCGGAGCAAGUAUAUGCGCAGCACCAACCUUCUUUUACAACCUUAGUAAAUAGAGGACACGAUAUUGCUCUGGAAUGGAUAGGUGAUGCAGGAUCAAUUGAGAUCAAUGGCAUGGAAUAUCGACUCCAACAAGUUCAUUGGCAUGCCCCUUCUGAGCACACUGUCUAUGGCAUGAGAUACGAGUUGGAACGACAUGCAGUUCAUGUAAAUGUGGAAACAGACGAGAUUGCUGUGAUUAGUGUCCUGUACAAAAUAGGCCGAAAAGAUCCAUUUCUAAACCAGCUGAGGAGAUAUUUGAAGGCUAUGGUGGAAACAAACAUAAAUGAAACUUACCCCGGAAUAAUCGAUCCCAGUGAUAUUACAGGAGAUGAGGAGAGUUUUUAUAGAUAUUCGGGUUCCCUUACGACUCCCCCUUGUACUGAAGGCGUCACUUGGACUGUCCAGAACAAGAUAAGGACUGUUUCAAGAAGACAAGUUGACCUGCUGCUUGAUGCUGUCCAUGGUAAUGAAAAUGCGAGACCAGUGCAAGCAAUAAACAAGAGGAAGAUCUACCUCUAUGUUCCUUGCCAAGGGAAUGACUGGACUUGUGUUUUCUCUCGAAAAAAGAUGGACUGGAGUGUCAUUUUCUAUCCACUGGAGUAUUUGCAGCGCAAGCUAUUCUACACAUCCAGUUGAAUAUAUUUCACUCUCAAUAAUACGAACCCGAGCGACUUCAGAUUGUUGGAAAUAGAUUUUUCUCUUCAUGAUAGAAGCCCAAACUGAUUUCACAAUAGUGAUUGUGUGACUGAUCAAGAACACUUCCAUUUUUACUGUCAAUUAAGAUUCACUAUUCUCACGUUAUUAUUAUCCAAAUAAGUUCUUGGCAAAA